UUUUCGUAUCUUUUAUAGAGCCUUGACUCAGGGUUAGCAGAUGCCAGAACCUUGCCUUUUGAUGGAGUGCGAACCCAGUCCAAAAGAAGAGGAGAUCCCGUCCCUCUUUUGGGGUCUGGAUCCUGUGUUUCUAGCCUUUGCAAAACUCUACAUCAAGGACAUCCUGGAGAUGAAGGAGUCCCAACAAGUGCCAGGCAUGUAUUUUUACAACGGACAUCCAAUAAGACGGGUGGAUAUCAUGGGAGCUGUCAUCAGUGUGAAAGAGAGAGAGACUUUCUACAGCUACGGAGUGGAUGAUGCCACAGGGGUUAUAAAAUGUGUGUGCUGGAAAAGGCCGAGAAAUGCCGAGUCUUCAUCAGACCCAGCUAUUCUGAGCACUUCGAGAGAACUCAGCAUGACCUCACAGCUUAAGAAACUGCAGGAGACCAUUGAGCAGAAAACCAAGAUCGGGAUUGGGGAUAUCAUCCGAGUCCGAGGCUACGUGCGCAUGUUCCGAGAAGAGCGAGAGAUCUGUGCCACCAUUUAUUAUAAGGUGGACGAUCCAGUGUGGAACAUGCAAAUUGCAAGGAUGCUUGAGCUGCCAGAGCUCUACAAGAAGGUGUAUGACCAGCCCUUCCGGAACCCAGCCCUAAAGGAGGAAGAGGCACUAAACAGUAAAGACACUUUGGAUCUCGCUGGCCUCACGGCUUUGUUGAGUGAGAAAGUUAAAGAAUUCCUCCAGGAGAAGAAACUGCAAAGCUUCUACCAGAAGGAGCUGGAAAUGGUGGAGCCCUUGCAGUCUCUGGCCAGUCAGCCCGUGACCCACAGCACGUGCUCGGACCAAGUGGAGUUAAAGAACGACGCUGCUUCUGACAUGCACAGUGUGUUUAAGAAUGCUCUGCACCUGCUUCAGGAAAAGGGGUUCGUGUUCCAGAGAGACGGCGGCUCCGAUAAGCUGUACUAUGUAACCAGUAAGGACAAAGACCUGCACCAGAAGAUCUACCAGAUCAUUAAGGAAGACUGUCAGAAACCAAAUCAUGUGGAGAAGGGCUGCCACUUGAUGCACGUCCUGAACUGCGCGCUCCUCAACCUCCGCUGGGACCUGAACAAGGCCGUGCUGCAGCAGGUGCUGGAGCUCCUGGAGGACCAGAGCGACAUUGUGAGUACUGGAGACCACUACUACACGGCCUUCUGAGCAGAGCCACGGAGAGGCAGCAGGCAGCUUUACCCCAGGUUCUGCUCCCAGGCGUUGUAGAGACUUACUUGUGUAUAAUCCCCUAAUAAAGUCUGAUACAGCCACAGGAAAAUA